AUGUCUAAGAUACUUCGACAGAUAAAUUUCUUGAAUAAGAUAUCUUAUGUCACGAAGAAACCCCAGAUUUUUAUCAAUACUGAGAAGUAUAAUGCCAUCAGAUUGACCUUCCAAGUCCUAAAUCAUGGUGGUCACAUGGGUGCUCGACAGUUCUGGAGGAAGUAUCUACCUACUUUGCAAUUUUACAACCCCAAUUUCAGGAUAGAUUUAGUCAGAAUCAAAAAUGAAGAGAAGAAGAACGAAGUUCCCUGUGUCAUGGAAAUCAUCGGCAAGGAUAACAGUGUGGUUGAAACUAUUGAUAUGAAAGACAGACAGUACGAUUCCAUCAUGGACGAGUUACUCGAGAAGUUGGAUCACAACGUUGUUCCGGAAGAUAAACUGGUAAAAGUUGGGGAGGGACAUUAA